AUGAACUAUCGCUCCACUUUUCGGGCAGAGUCGCCCCCAUACCAGCAGUUGUACAAGAUGCACAGCGAGUCUACCCCGCGCUCCCCGAGCUCCGUCACCCCCAAGGCCAAUAACUGUUCCCUCACUGCGGUGUCAGGUGCGCAGUCGACACACAGCAAUAGUCCUUGGAUGCCGGUCACUGCCACCAGCGCGCACUCGAAGGGGGGUCGUGCGGACGAUAUGGUAUAUGUGGCGGAUGUGAACCCCACAUACUCUGUGCCGGGGGCGGUGCGCUGCAUCGCUCCUGUGAACGACCGCAUCAUGUGGACAGCCGAGUACAGCGGAACACUCUGCAUCCGUGCCCUGCCCAAGGCCACCCCGCUGAAGGAGCUGGCGGGCCGCAAGGACUCCUACUGCAUCUCUCUCCUGUAUCUCCCGGCCGAGGACGUGGUGUGGGCCGGGUUCCAGGACGGUUACCUGCAUGUGUACAGCGCCAAGUAUAUGACCCUGCUCAAGGAGGUGAUGGCGCACAAUGGCGGUCUGAACUGUAUGGUCGAGGUUGAGGGGGCCGUCUUCACCGGCGGCGCAAACUGGAAAGUGUCCCAGUGGGUCCCUGCCGAGGACAACGCCCAGCUCCAACGCAUCCUGCACGGCCACAGCGGCGCCGUCCGCUGCCUCAGCGUGUACAACGGCCCCACGGGUGCUGUCGUCUUCUCCGGCAGCGACGACGGGACGGUGCGAGCGUGGGACCCGUACGAGUCGCCGCCUGGCCAGCAGAACUCCGAGGCCAACAUCCAUACCUUUACCGGACACAGCCGCGCGGUCCUGGCGCUGGCAGUCGUGCCGCACGCGAACCAGCUAUGGUCCGCCGGCGAGGACAUGACGGUGCGCGUCUGGGACAUGCGCUCGCUAUCGUGCCUCACGGUCUGCCGAGGCAGCCACACCGCGCCGGUCUCCAACUUGAUGGUGGUGGAGUCACGCGUGUGGUCCGCUGACAAACAUGGCCACAUUCUGGUCUGGGACAUCGCAACGCGGUCGCUGCUGCAGGAUCUCGCGGUGCGCUUACCGGAUUGGGGCCGCAGCCAGAGUAUGGUACUCGCGAUGCAGAAGGUGCAGUCGAUCACGGCGUACAAGGUGUGGACUGCCUCCUCUAGUGGUGUUAUGCAGUGCUGGAACGCCGAGACGGCGCCGAUUAUCUUCGACAACAUGCACGUCUCGGCUGGCGUGCCCAAAAACCCCAACGCAGUGCUGGCAGCUCACCAGACCAUUACCGCUAGCAACGGGCACUGUGAAACAGCAGUGGCGGCAACACCGGCAAGCGGUAACCCGGCGGACGCUGUGAGCAACUCUGCCCUGGCCAUGGCGCCGUUCAGCAAUGACCGAGACGUGUACAUCAACCGUGACAGAGAUAGCUUACCAAUAUCGGCCCCCUUACCGCGGGUGGAGGAUUACAUCCGCAGCCUGCAGGAAGAGUUGGAGGCAACGAAGCGAGAAGCCAAGCUCAACUACGAGACGUACCGCAUGGAAGCUCAGUGCGAGAUCGAGACGCAGCAGCUGCUCGCCCAAGAAAACGACCAUCUGCGCGGCCUCAUCCGCGAGCUCGAGAGGCGCGCCGACGAGCCACACGAAGAAUUGGGUGCGCCGGUACAGGCCUCGCACGGUGCUGCCUCCUACCACCUGAUGAAUGACGAGUUGGGGCGCCUUCAAAGCGUGCUCAUCGACACGCAGGCUCAGUUGGAAGAAGCUCUGGAGCGGCAGCGCGAGCUCGAGGCCGAGCUGGACCAGCACAAGGCUGCGUCGUUCUCUCGGCAGACGUCGAGCAUCUCCAGGCUGCCGAGCGCAGCCGACUACGUGCACGGCGACAGCCAUUAUGGCUCUGGCCCGCAUAGCACGGUCCUCGGCGGGGCAGUGAACCACACCGCGAACGUGUUCAGUGCGAUUCUCUCCACAUCCGGCCACAGCGACGGAGAUAGCGCGAGCGUCGCAGGCGUGCCAGUCGAGCGCACGCGCCUCUCUCGCCGGUUCAAAGGCGGGAACUGGCGGUACAUUAUGGAGGAGAAGCCCCAUGAGCUGCGCAGCACUUUCAUCGCGGACUGCUGUGCGGGCCUCGGCGUGGCACCAACGCAGCUGAAGCGAGUGGACCUGAGCCUCGGCAGCCUUCUCGCCGAAGUCGAGGUGGUACACCCCGCAAGCGUGCCGGCAGCGGAGCUAGAACGGCGCAUGCAGACCUACCGCUUCCCUGCCCUAAUGCGACUCCACACGGACGCCUUCACGGCAGACAAAACGGUCCCCGACACUGCAGCUGCUACAAUCAAGGACCUUCAGCGGCAACUGGCUAUGGCGCAGCAGCAGCGCCCUGCCGAAUCGUCGCCGGAGCCGCAGCAUCCCAAUAGCAACAACAACAGCGGCCACAGCGACAGUAGGCUCAGCACCUCGGAGUGGCAGCGGCUGAAGGAUCAGAAUGACACCCUCCGCAAUACCCUGCAGCGUCAGAUCAAGCUUAUCAGUGACCUCAAGAACGAGAUGGCGGAGAAGGAUGCCACGCUGGCCGAUAUACGUGUGCAUCUGCGGGACGCGGAGGAGAGGCUGCAGGAGGCUCAGCAACAGCAGCAGGACAAAACAUUAAGUGAUUCACGGCAUCUUGCUCACGAAUCGAGCGGGACCCACACACAGGAUUACAGACCAGAGCCCCCACUCGUUGACAACCUUUUGGCGCCGGAGAUGACUGCCGUCGCGGGGCGGGCGCAAUUACUCCCAACAGCGUGCGCCGCCGGCGAGGACGAAGACCAUGAGGCACUCAAACGUUAUCUACAGGAGCAGCUCAAGCCAAUGAUAGCGUGCUUGAAACGCGCUCGCGGCGAACUGCAGUUCGACAAUGGGAAUCUGCGGAAAAGAGUGGAGGAGCUCACUGCUCAGGUGCAGCAGCAGCAGCAGCAGCUGGAGGCGGCGCAUCAAAAGAAAGCGCCGACGACCCUUGAGGCGCCAGCGCAAUCCGCGAUUGCUAGCCGGGCCUCGGAAGAGGAAGUGCAGAACCUCCGUGAUGAUCACACAGCGCUGAACAAUUACCUCCACGAGCAGCUCAAGCCGAUGAUCUCGCGUUUGAAGCGCGAGCAGGGUGAACUGCAGUUGGACCUUUUGCGUGCCCGGGGGGACUGGCAGAAGGCGUGCAGCAUGUUUGACGAGGCCGCCGCGGCGCUGAAGGAGGAAUGCGUGCGCGAGGAGAAGAUGGGCGAGGCGAUGGAGGCACUGCAGAAAGCACUGGAAGCAGAGCAGCUGAAGAACCAGGCAGCGAACCGAGAGGCUGCAGCCGCGGGUGACUGGGACGACACUGACGCUGCGAUCCCGGCGACGCGUCGGGUUUUUGAACGACGUUCAGGGCGACCUACGCAACCGGCGCGGCUGUGUGGCAGUGACAGCCAUAUCGCCGACUCCGCGGCGCCGUGCAACGACGACACCGAGAAGGACUCACUGGAUCGACUCAUCGCGCUCAACCUAGAUCUCUCUGUCCGUCUGGCAGAUGCGGAGACGGUGAUUACGCAGUUGCAAGACUCUCUGGCUUGCUCUUCCAGCCAGCUGGCUGAGCAGCGCAGCGAGACGCAGCGGCUGUUGGGCAAGAUCCAGCAGUACCAGCAGAGCGGGGUGCGGCCACUCGAUCUGGACGCAGUGAACCGGUGCGCCAGUAUCGAUGACAUUGUUAGCAGCGCAUCCCCGUCCAUGUCGCCAUCGCGGAAUCAGCUGUAA